CAGUAGGAGCUUGCUCCCUUCCAUGUAUCUUCAAGCUCUUUGGUUUAUCUAUCAAAUACAUCAAUGGCGAAGAGCAGCAAGCAUCUUCUUCUGGUCCUACUCCUUGUGUUGCUUCUUGUGGCUACAGAAUUGCAGCCAACAGAGGCAAAGCCAGGGCCAAGGCCAAAGCCAAAGCCAGGCCCCAAGCCAAAGCCAGGGCCGAAGCCGAAGCCAAAGCCAAAGCCAAACCCAGCCCCGGCACCAAAAAGGACUUGCAAAUCUUUGAGCACCAAAUUCCAGGGCGUAUGCAUAGAAGACAGUAAUUGUGCCAAUGUUUGCCGAACGGAAGGAUUUACAGGAGGGAAUUGCCAUGAUAUUAUUCCACAAUGCUAUUGCACCAAACUCUGCAACUACUGAGAAAAAAAAGCACUUCAGAAUUGAAGCCUAGCUAUAUAUAUAUAUAUAUAUAUAUAUGGAUUGUGGUCUAUUCUAAGAACAAAAUGCAGUCUAGCUCUAUAUAUGACACUUCAAAGUCUAUCUUUAUUUCAUGAGGAGAAUACAUUCUCCACCUAUGUUAUGUUAUGUGGUAAACACCCACUACCCUAAAUAAAUAAAUAAAUGUGUGUAAUUUAUGUUUAUGAAAAAUAAAAAAGAA